CCAACCACUCUUUUCACCAGCGAUGCGUCAAACGUAAUCAGUGACGUCACUCGCUCGAAACACAGCCAUCGAUACGCGCUACACUAACAACUUCCGGGAUUUCUUGAUACACGCCUAGAAGUAUCGCUAGCUAACUGUAGCGUUAGCAAAGCAGCUCCAGGGAUGGCGGAGGUUCCCGGGACAUCAAGUGAGACGAUAACAGAGACUGUUCCGACCAGUACACCGCCACCGCCCCAGCAGGAGGGACGAAGCCUGACCAUCAAGCUAAGAAAGAGAAAGACUGAAAAGAAGGUAGAGUGGUCCAGCGACACUGUUGACAACGAACACUUAGGAAGAAGGUCUUCAAAGUGCUGCUGUGUUUAUGAGAAGCCCAGACAGUUUGGAGAGUCGUCCUCUGAAAGUGAGGGAGAUGAUGAUGAAGAAGGAUGCGGCAGCGCUCACUGCAUCCUGGGCCAUGGCAGGAGACGCUAUGGACAGAGAGGGGAUGGAGAGACCACAGUGCCCCCAAACUCUGGAGCGUCAGAUGGCCACUAAUGAACGCUGUAUACUGAAUGUGGGGUCUGAGGGAUUUGUCACCAUGACACACAAAGCUGAGGUACAGGCAGGCGCAAUGCUGCUUUGGUUUGGUGUCAUAUGUCCCAAGCUGCCAGAGCAGGAUGACAGCUUCUGUACUGCUGCUGUGAAAACAUGUUAAGUAUAGCGCUAACUAACAUACACAAACACUUAUGUUUGACAUUAUAAUUUUAUUCUACCACCAGGGAUAAAUGCAUUAAUAAAUUUUAUAGAGGCCAUACCUGUUAUAGUCUUUUACAGAUCACACAUCUGAUCAGAGAUCUCUGCUGAGCAUUUACAAGUAUGACGAAUUUAUUUGGGCGAAUUGUGUUUCCAUUCUUCAGGCAGUCCUUGAUUACCAUUCAUUACACUAUGCUAUAAAAUAAGUGUAUAUCUGACAUAUGUAAUCUAUCACAGUGUAUAUUGUGCUGCUAUAUUUUUUGAAGGAAGGCAGUUAGGGUUGCAACCUGAAUGAUAAUCCAUUGGCUAAAUACAUUAAUCCACACUUAAAAAUUAUUGUUAUAAAAUUGAGAAGAGUAGAAAAACUCAUUGCACCAUUUGUGAUUUGAAAGUAAUGUUCAGUAUCCAAUCUAAUUAUGUAAAAACUCAUUCAGUUUAUCAUUACACAAGACAGAGGGAAUCAUGCAAUUGUCCCACAAGCCAAGACAAAUAAAAACAGUUGCAAAACCUUUUUUGUCAAUUAAUUGUUAACCUCAAUGCCAAAUAUCACCCAUAAAGAAAAUAUAUAUAAAAAGUGUGCUUUAAUAAAUGCUAAGUAGCAGCAG